AUGCCGCCCCUAACUGCGGACAGUAACACGGAAGGAUUCUGGGGCGAAGCAACUGCCACGAUCGAUUGGUGUGAGGAAAACUAUGCCGUGUCGUCAUUCCUUGCUGAGUUUUGUAAGUGUUUAUUGAAUUGGUUCGGUGAUCUAAAAUACAAGCAGGUGUCGAAUACCACUUUUGCAAAACCAUUUCCAGAAUUGAAGCGUGCACCUUUGCUGCGAAAUCGAACGUUCGUGCAAAGAGGCAGGCCUAUCGAAUCGAUCAACCGCGGAUAUAAGGAUCUAGAAAUUGGGUUUAAAGAUCAGGAUAUUUUUAAACUUCUUCUGAAACUCCACAGGCUACUUUCUUUUCGCGAAAAAGGUGUCACUUGAUUGACCAUUCAAACUAAAAUAUUGUUGGAGUUUUUGUGGAAGAACAACAAUCUUUUAUCAUAAUAACGAAAAACAACAGCCUCUUAUAUCACUCUAUAAGAUGUACCUGAGUGCUGAGUGACGUAUUUUUACCAAAGGUAUCUUCUCUGAGCUGUGAAAAAAAUACAAAUACGACAACGACAGAAUAAUUUGGAAUGCGUUGAAUACGAGCGCUAUCAGAUACACUCAGACAGAUAUAACCCGCAUCAACUGAUGUAACCUUAAUUAUAUCUAGUAAUAAGCAUGUUCCUCCCCUUUCACUUCAACGUUACACUGGCUUUGUCACAUAAAGUUGAAUAUACGAAAAUUGCUAUUGAUCUUGAAAGUCAAAUUUGGCGACUUGAAAUCAUUUACUUCCAAAAAUUUAACAAUAGUUUGUAGAUACAGUGGUAAUGAAAGCCAGCAAGAAUCAGAGAUGACAACAACUCUGCUGCAGUUCAUGUUGGGAGCUCUCCCACCAUGCACAAUCUUUUGUUUUAGUUUGCAAAUUUUUACUGAAAAAAUUAAUGGAAUGUUUCUAUUGGUCAGUUUAUACAAAAUGAUCAAAAGACUAUUGUUUGUGAUGUUCUACUCCAAAAAAUGCUAACUGAAGAUGUUAUGAUGGACUAUAGCUCAACAGAUGUUUUUUUGUUUUUUUUUUUUGAAUUAGCCCUCUUUUUAUCUUGUAUCUUUUCUUUAUCAAGUGUAAGGCCAGCUGUUAAUUUGACACACACCCUUUAUAAACAAUAAUUAACAUAUUACAUGAAGUCCAUUAUUUACUCUAGAGAAAUAUUCCUUUUCAUAUUAUGUUGUGGAAGGUCUUUUUUAUCUUUGGUUAAAAUUCUAUUUUCCUCUGUCUUGAGUUAUGGUAACUAAUGAUAAUAAGUUUCAAACAAAGAAAAAUAAAAUUUGAACCACAACAUGUAUGCAUAAUUUAUGAAUAAACAAUACAAAAGACAAGAGAACAUCACAUGACCUGAAUUGGAGAAACAGGAUGAAAAAGCUCAAAUGUCUAUUGCAAUCACCACUUUGUUUGUUAUUGUUUCUUGAGAAAUUGAAUUUUGUAUUGUGCAUUUCUAUGUGUGUUUUUAUUGGCAGUUUCAGCAAAGUUUUGCUGUCGGGUUUGUGUAAAGUAAGAUGUAGUACUUCGUAGCUCGCCCAGUCGUUUUAUCCCGGGCAGCGGGGGGGGGGGGGGGGGGGGGUCCCCCCCUUUAUUUGCCGUUAUGGGGGGGGGGCUUUCAUAAAUUUUGAAAAUAUGCAAAACCCUCCCCCUUUUUUUUACUUAAACCCUGAAAAAAGGUCAAACCCAUUUGGGGGGGGCCCUCCCUUUCCGGCCAUUUUUUGGGCGACCUCCCCCCCCCCCUACACAGCGUUUUUUUUUUUUGGAAAUGUGUUUAUAAAAACACCAAAAUUUUUAGUAAAUAAUUUUUUUUUAAAAAGGGGGGAAAAAAGGGGAAAAAAAAACGCGGGGGAGAAAAAAAAACCGCCCCUUUGAGAAAAAAUCCACCCCGGACCUUCCCCCCUUUGGAAAAAACCCGGGCCCAAAAACGGGAGCCCGGGGGGGGGGGGGGGGGGGGGGGAUGGCUACUCCAUCUAAUUGCCUGUAUAGGGGGAGAGACUUCAUAUACUUUGAAACUAUGCGAAAUCACUACCCUUUCUUAUACCUGAACCCUGAAAAAAGGAUCAACUCGUAUUGGGUGGAGCCUUCCUUUACCGGCCAUUGUUUGGCGUACUCUCCCCCCCCCCCCUGUGGGUUUGUACCUCUGGGCGGAGGCUACCCCCCUAUAACAAUUUAUUGCUUUGUUCAGUGCCCCACAGGUAUUUUAUAAACUUUUCCCACAAAAAUGAUAUGCCUGCAAAAAUCUGUGUGUAUUUAAGCUACAUAUGUUCCCUUGGCUCUGUGAGUAUGCAUUAUGUUUAAUCUAAAUUUUUUCCUGAAUUUUUUUUCCUUUUGUCUUUCUUCCUUCCUCCUUUCCUUCUUCUUUUAUUUCUUUAGGGAACACAAUUAGCAACUGGUUGUUUUUGUUACCAACAUUAUUUGGAGCAUGGCUAUCAUGGAAAACCAAAUUGGAAAGACGCUACACCCUAACAUUCAUUUCAUUAUUUGGUGAGCCAAUUAAACUGAAAUUUGUAUUGAAAAAAAAAAACCUUCAAGGUUGAAAAUAUAUCAGUGUGCAGUAUUUCCUUGAAUAAUCACUAAGGUUCUAAAAAGCUCUUUCCCCUAAAUGCACACCCACCCUCUCAACCAAACAAGCCAAUAAGUUCCCCUUGAAUAAAUGAGUGGCUGAACUGGAGGGGGGGUGAACAUACUGCCAUAUAUGGGCUUUAUAGGUAUGUGCCGCCCUAAAGGCAAGGGUAUGGUUUUCAAGCAGUUGCCUCUGGGAUAGGGUAAAUAAAUCAGAGAGUUUGGGUCUAGAAUAGGGUAUCAUUUUCCAGGAAACUGAUCAAUUCGUUGAAGAUUUUAGUCUAGACUAGGGAAACCAGGAAUUGCCACUCAAAAGAAUAAAAGAGAUCAAUUCGGCAAGUUUGAAUUAACGCAACCCAGCCUAAAAGCUACUCUGAGAUAGGGGGAUGUGGGGAGUUUAGUCUAGUAUAGCGUCACAAAAUUCAGCUGAACUAGCUGUGGUAUAGGCUAAGGGUUCCAGUGUGUCAGUGGCACAUUCCCACCCAAAACGGUGACGUGGCAGGUGUCAAAGUCCCUUUACUUCUCUCCCUUGAUCUCCCACCCUUUGUCUCUUCGUUCCGAUCCCCCACCCCUUUCGAUGCCUAUUGUAGAGGCUAUUGUUGCAAACAAAUUUCCUUGAGUGUUUAUUCAAUUUGCAUAUUUAGCUAUAAAUUGUUUAUUACAGAUGUAAAAAAAGUAAGAAAGACAGCUUUUUUUGUUCUCAGUUUAAGACCACAAUAUGUAUUUUAGCUAGACUGCAUUUUUGAGACUGAGUAAAUAGUUUUGGAUGGCUGAACAUGACACAGAUUAACAAAGAGAGUGUUAAGGAGAAAUGGUAUUGGUAAAGUUGUUGUUUUUGUUGUUUCUUCAGUUGUGGGAAUAGGAUCCCUUUGCUUCCAUGCUACAUUGCUGUAUGAAAUGCAGGUGAGAUUUUGUUUAACAGCAAAAAGCUUCUUUAUCAAUGUGGGAAAAUCUGGGGGUGAUGACCGACCAUCAGCCUGCACCUCAUGUAAAAACUGAAACCAGAAUAAGCUCUGUCUUCAAUUUGGGGCUCCAUGCCCUUGUGUUUGCAUUUUAAAUUUUUUUGCUUAGUAAUACAAUCUUUACUUUCUGACCAAUGCAAUAUUAUUGGUUUCUUCAUUGUAGCUUCUCGACGAACUUCCAAUGAUUUAUUGUACUUGCAUCAUGAUAUUCUGCAUGUAAGUAUAUUUUUUAUACCCUUUCUUGUGUCACAAAUCAUCAAAUACAUGCAUCAAUUAACCUUUAAAGUCUUAGGUAAGAUAAUUUAUGUAUGGCAUUUUUUUUUCAUGUCUUGUUUUUCUCAGCUGUCAGUGUUCUUAUCACCCAAGGCAACACAACACCACUCUCUUGUUGGUCCUUAUCUUUUGUUGCUCUAUGAUUACUUUGGUAAGUAACCAUACAUGAGACAUGUUAAUACUAGCUGUUGAGAACUGCUGAUUGACUAGCUUGAUGACUAGGCAGUUAACAAUUAACAAAUAAUAAAUGUAUCAUCAUUAGUUGUUUGAUCACUCAGAUUGACUGUUUUGUUUUGUGAAUUUGAGUAUGUGUGAUCUGUUGUGUGUGUAAGUUCGAUGGUUGAUCCUUUAAAAUUAUUGGACUGAUUGAUCAUCUUUUGCUGUAACUGCAAUUAAACAACUGGUUGAAUUAGACUGAUUAUGAUAUGACUCGUUGGAGUUACUGUUUUUAAUGCUUAUUCGAUUUGUUCCUUGAUCAAUUUUUUUGACUGAAAUUCUCUUAAGUGACUGUGUAAUAGUUUACUAUUUCUUUGCUUUUAUUGAUUUAUUUAUUGAUCAAUGACUAAUUUUCGUAUAAUGUUUGAUUGAUUUUUAUUGCUUUCUUGAUUCUUUUGUAGCAGUUGUAAUUGGCUAAUAAUGUUAAUCUGCUCUUUUUACAGGUGUAUUUAACAAUAACAAAUCCCCUUGUAUUCCAGGUAUAAGGCAAAAUUAAUGUUGAUAUUGAUUCUAAAUUGAAAUUUAUAACUCAUUUAAUUUCUUGUGCACUGUUAAGGCCAUCAGUCUGCACUAAUUCAGCUAACAAUGGUGCCAUGAUGUCUGUCUUCUUUCAGUGGGCCUAUGGAAUUCUUGUUGCAGCUCUGGUUGUUGUUGCUCUAAUGUCUUGCAGGUAAGGGCAGCAUUCUUUGAGCACAAAAUUAUUAUUCUGUAAAGACGUGCAUCUGUUUUACCAAUGGAUUCUCUUUUACAUGAUCUGAGAAAUGAAAUGGUAUAUUUCCCAGGGGAGGGACUCCCAUUUCAAAAGGGAAGGAUACUUGUCUGAAAAUUGGCCCAGGAUUAUUCACCCCCUUCCCCUUCCUGGGGAUAUUUUCAGGCUGUGCCUCACAUGUUUAUUUUGCAAAUACAUUAAUUUUGCAGGAUUGUCACCAGAGGUUGUUUCUUUUUCACUCCUUUAUGGUAACUAAAGAUACUUUUUGGAAUUCAUCCAAAAUCAGUGCAUGAUAACUCAUGUAGAAGUCAGCAAGAAGAAGAUUGUGAUAUCAAAUAUAUCAAAAUUCAGAAUAAAACUAAUGUGCCCCCCCUCCACCCCACUCUCCCUAAUGGCUUGGGAAAAUACAUUUUACCCAGAUUGCCUUUUUUAAAUAUUACAGAUUUUAUCAGCCUAAAAUUGCCCUUUUAUUUUCAUUUCAGAAAACACAGAGGUUCUUGGAGGCUUGUAACCAUAUCGCUUGUUAGGUAUUAAAUACUUUUUGACCAAUAGCCAGUGUAAAAUUUCCAUGCAAGAAGUAGGAGGUCAGCAUUGUUAUCACUAAGAACCAAUGCCAUGUAUGUCAGGUCAUGCAAUCAAUGUGGCACAGUUAUUAUGCAUGUACUGAAAAGUUUAGGGAGUUUUUAUCCUUGGCAGAAAUUCAAAUUUGGAUUCACCUUGGCUCUACAGUGGAAUUCAAAGUCAAAAUGCAUUCCAUGCAUUGAAAAAAUACUCUGGUAUUUAAGAUUAUGUGCAGUAUAUAUGGUUGCCAAUAUUCUUAAAGUUAUCUGGUCCCAAACCUGAUCCUGUAUCAAGUAAACCUUUAUAAAGUGGUCACCUGCUAUCAAGCAGACACUUGCCAAUGUCAAUUCAAAUAUUUUUGUCAGGGACUGAUUCAUAGGGAGGCUCAAAGGGGGCCCCUUCUUCUGAAAUUGUGUUAAAAUAUUUAAGAAUUUUCAGUAAAAGUAAUUUUUGGAUGCUGCAGAUGCUGCCAGAGCUCUCUUGACACCAACUAAAAAGAACUAUUAAGUCUUCCCACUCCCUCUUUUCGGGUUUUGCCCUUGUUUUUUGUCUUCACCUGUACUUAAUUGUGAACCUGCUGUCAUAAGCUAUCAGAUGGUUGACCUUGGUAAAAAUUCUCAUGCCAUCUCAACACAAUUGAAUCACAGUCAUCAUAAAAUUUCAUGCAGUAAAUUAUUGUACCCUUUCCAUAUUGUGAACCAUACCUUAUGAUAAUUUUACACGUGAAUGAAUAUAGUAUAUUAUUGUGUUCUAUUUCUAUUUUGAAUCCACUUUUAGCUAUGCCACUGGAUUUAUUUUUUGGAACAUUGACAACAACUUUUGCUCCUCUGUGAGGUAAGAGGUACUACAAAAUGUCAGUUCCAGCAUUAAAAGGCUGACUUCCCUAUAUAAUAUACAGUCGAACCUCUAUGUGCAACCAGCUCUUGUAAGUGACCGCCUCCCAUAAGCGACCACCAAUCCAAAACACUGAAAUUUUCCCAGUCAAAGCCUUACAGUUAGAACCUGUAGUAAAUGACCACCUCCUGUAAGCGACGGCGACCACUUUAUGGGCUUGACAGUUAAGCAUUUUACAGUGUUUUUAGCCUCUUGUGAGCUACCACUUGAUGCAUUCUCUGAUCUCUAUGUUUGCUGUGUGCACUCUGCUACUAAGAAUAUACGAAGAACUUUACUGACAACAUGGAACUACACAUGGCGUGACUUAGACAAUGCAUGCAAUAAACAAUUAUCUUCCAUAAAGUAGAAGUGUCUGGACCUCUUCUCAGAAGAGACCCCCUGUGGUUCGAUUCUUGUUAAUAUAGGCGACCACUCAGUCUUUGCAUUUUGGGUGAUCGCUUACAGGAGGUUUGACUGUUUAUUUAUAUAUAUCUGUAGGUGGUAUGUGCAUUGCAAAAAGCAUGAUGGGUAUAGAUUUCAACCAUCUUAAGGUACGGAAAAAUGGGCAACAAGAAACGCGCAACUUGUCUUGCAACAUUGCUGAAAAACAAGUUGAAUAGUGAUGUUGCACGUUUUACCACUCAUGUUCAAACCUGUUAACAACCUGAUUUGUUGCAAGACAGGUUUGAUGGGGGUGGUAAAACGCGCAACAUCGCUAUUCAACUCAUUUUGCAGCAAUGUUACAGGACAAGUUGCGCGUUGUUUGUUGCCCGUUUUUCCAUACAUUAAGCCUUUUUAGGGCGCCAAUUUUAUUCUUGUUUAAUUCCUUGCAGAUUGCUACGAAAUCAAUUCCCUGUACCCAUGAGACCAUUCUUACAACUACACGCCGUAUGGCACACUCUAGCAGCUAUAGGAUCUUACUAUCACAUUCUCUUCAGGUAUGUAAAUAAAAUACAAAUUCUCUUUACAAAAUCUUUAGUCCGUUCAGGAGAUCAUAACCCGGAGAGAGUAACUGCCAUGUACUUGCUUCACGGCGUUUUCACUGACCAGUGUAUUUUUAGAACUGUUGGAACGGUUAGAACAGUUCUGACGCAGAACUAGUUUAGCUGAAUUUUGCUACCCUACACCAAGGAGGCCAUAGAAAUUGUUUGUAUUCAGUCCGUUCAGGAGAUCAUAACCCGGAGAAAGUAAUUUCCAUGUACUUGUUUCACGGCGUUUUCACAGACCAGUUUAUUUUUAGAACUGUUGGAACGGUUAGAACAGUUCUGACGCGAAUUUGGAAUACAGUCAAACCUCGUUAAUAUGGACACUAAGGAGGCCAUAGAAAUUGUUUGUAUUUACAGGGUGGCCGUAUCAGAAGCGGGUUGAAUUUAGAGAAAAUGUAAGGUCUUUCUUUCCCCAGCGACAAAGCAAACUGUCUGUUGUAAUUAGGUGUCCGUUUAGCGGGGUUUGAUUUUAUCGAUUAAGUCAGCAAAACCUACCUGACUUACUGACCUUUUAAUGACGUUUAGUUUUCCUUUUUGAUAUCUUAUACUUCGAAUGCGCUUAAAGACGGGGAAGAAAAUCCCAUUUUCGUUGGAAAAAUUACUCUAAAAUGUAUCUUAAAAUACACCGGUCCCCCUCGGAAACGCCUGGGGGCGUACUCCUGGGAAUUCUUGGUGGGGAUGUACCGCCGGCUCCUCGAAAUUCUGACCCUACUUCAGUAGUGCCCCCUAGGUUCUCUGGGUGGGGUGGGGGAGGGCACCUUGGGAACUGACUGGUAGAUAAAUUCUAAACGCAUGGAGAACGUAUAAAAGAAAACUGUACAACAAAUCGUCAUUAACCUGCACAAGAGAUCCAGAGUUAGCAAUAAUUACAACCCAGAAACAGGAAAAAUCAGUCAUCAUUAUGUUAACCUGCGAAAACAGUCGUUUCUCCUCGCUCUUCGCCGCUGAGGACGUUUCGCGCGAAACGCCCCCAGCGGCGAAGAGCGAGGAGAAGCGGCUGUUUUCUUGUGUUUUCUGUUUUUUGUGUGUGCAUUGUGCUGCUGUCGUCUUAAACUUAGGUUGCUUAUGGAAAACUAUCGGCACAUUUUCAAGCAUUUUUCUGGUGCAAAUAACUUUUUUUUUCCAGUAUAUCUUAAAAAGUGGUCUCUAGUUUGUAAAUUAACAAAUUUAUUAUAUGGCUGAAUCCGCGAGCGGGCAAGAUAGAGCGGAUCCUGCGUUCUGAUUGGCUACCCGAGCGGGCAAGAUGGGCCCGCUCGGGAUUUCCCGCGUUCUUCCCGCAAGAAAAAAGUUCUCUUUUUGGCCAUAUAGUAAAUCCCUUAUUGACCAAGCAUGUUUGGUCAAGAUGGCUAGUUAUUGGCCUAGUUCUUUCUUGGGUUAUUAUUGACCAAGACGAAGUCAGGUUCAAUAAAAACGCAGAAAAGAACUUGGCGAAUAUUCAGCCAUCUUGAUCUCACACUUGGUCAAUAACUCAUACAUGUAUAUGACAGUCAUUCCAUUCGCUUUUCAUUCUUCAGCAUAGAUCUAAGGCUGCGAUGCCUUGGAAGAUCCCCUGCACUCAAGGUUUGUUGCGGAAUAUCUUAUCAGAAAUCUCUCUUAUUGUGUCGUAGAUUAUUAUAUUAAUUUGAAAAAACACCGCGACGCUUUAUAUAGCCUGCGUAACUACGUAGCAAACGUUUCCGUGUUGUUUCGGAGCAAAGAAAAAGCGUGCGAAAAAUCGGCAGAGUAAAAGGGGGGGAGGGGAAGGGAAAGGAAGGAAACCUCCCCUCUCCCUCCCCCUGUUUCCUUUUUUGGCUCUCGUUCCAUUUUUUGCACGGUCAAAAGCGAAAAUCCCGUUUCUAGGUCUUUUUGCUUUGUUCUGAAACCGUACGCAGACGCUUGCUACGGAAGGCUCUGUUGGUGCGGCGCGUAUUUGAAGGCUACGCAUUUUCGCAGGCGGCGCUUAUUGCUGUUGUUGUUUUUUCUUCCUUUUGUUAGAAAAACGAUACGAACAAUUGUAAGAACAUAACAUGAAGUUAGUUUUAACAGUCUAUGCCCCCUUCCAGAUCCAAACCUAUAGCAAUAACCGUAAAUAAACAAUAAAAAUCGAUAAGCGCCCAUCGUAGCUGGUAGGUUGCGGUGUUUUUAUAUAUUUUGAUCCUAAGUGCGGCGCUUAUUGGCUUAUCGGUGGUCCAUAAAGGCCCAACAAAUGUACCAAUCAGAUCAUGGCAGCAUUGAGCGCGGGAAAACUCUUGCGCGCCAGUCACGAUCAGUGACGACUGGUUUUGGUUUCACUGCAAGCCAAUCAUCUAAUCCGGCCAAUCACAAAGCGCAUCAUUGCAAACCAUAUCUAGUUCGAAGUUGCUUUCGAUAUCCAAUUGAAUUUUGGAUACUCAUAUGAAGACUGUGUUAAUCGUGAUAUAUUGUUUUAUUCUUCAGCUUUACCGUGACUGGCUUCCCUUUGUCUACUCAAAAGAUGCUCUGUCAAAUGGCGUUCUCCCGACCGUGGCCCAGAAGGCAGCCAUUUUUCUACUGCUGUUUGGUCUUAUCUUGAAACUCUUGAAAUAG